AUGCCUCGCACUCGAGCCCAGACGGCGGCUUUUGAGGGCCGCAGGUCCUCUGCAUCAGGCGACAAAGGCACGCACCAGCUUGGAGUUCAGCAAAGAAGACAAUCUCCCAUUCGAAUCGCGUCCGCCCGACUUCAACAGCCGCUUUCGCCGGAAUACACUACCCAGCCAAGCCUCUCUCCUGUCAAGGACGGAACGAAACAGCUGGCGCGAAGCAAGAAGCGACGCGGCGCCGCCGCCGACGAUACAACACCAAAGCCCUGUCCGAAGCGACCUCGCCGAUCUAGCAAACUCCCCCGCGUCAAAGACGUCGCAGCUUCACUUGAGGAAAGGGGGGCUGCAAGUAAUCCUAUCGGAUACUGGGCCCGCGAAAAGAAGUGGCCGCAAGAAUACUUCGUGACCAACAUGGAUGAUCUACUACCCCGAAAGAAAUCUGUACCAUCCCUUACCCGAAAGCGGUCGACUUCGAAUUCUGCUACAUCGUCAGCAUCGAGCAAUCAGCGAUCGAGAGAAGAGAAGAGCGCUCCGUAUCGGGACCCUCGUUACGAGAUACUUCUCAAUACGAAGAGCAGCUUCAUGACCAAAUCCAGCUUGGGUCUUACCCGUACAAGCAAAGUUCUUUCCACGACACUUCUCGAGACAAAACAGAUUGUGCCAAAAAACACGGCAUUCCGAGAUGAGGCCUUUGAAUAUACUUGCCAAAUGAUUCACAACAGAAAUGAAGCGCGAGUCGUACAGGACAUUUCAAGACUCAUUGUUCCUUCAGCAGAGGGCCUUGCAUUUAGAUCGAAACAUCUCAGAAUUCUAGCAGAGAGCGUCAAUGAUGGUUGGAGCAGCUCGAUCCCAUUGACUGGUACGCGACCUCAGCCCGACUACGCAGUUGGGUUUGCAAGAGACGCAUUUACCGACGACCAAUUAGCCAAGAUGUCGCCGUUCGUAGGCGACCUUGUCGGUGGCGACAAGUCUUUCUUCAUGGCGACGUACUAUAUAUACUUCCCAUUUUUAACAUGUGAGGUAAAGUGUGGAGCUGCAGCGCUUGAUGUCGCAGAUCGUCAGAAUGCCCACAGCGCGACUAUUGCUGUACGGGCUGUCGCUAAACUGUUUCGUGCUGUCAAGCGAGAACGCGAAGUGCACCGUCAGAUCCUCGCCUUCUCUGUCUCCCAUGACGACAGGUCAGUGCGGAUAUAUGGGCACUAUCCCGUGAUUACUGGAAACGACAUCAAGUACUACCGCCAUCCAAUACAUGAGUUCUCUUUUACGGCAUUGGAUGGUAGAGAAAAAUGGACAGCCUUUUGUUUCACGAAAAACGUCUACGACUCCUGGGUGCCUCCGCAUUUCAAGAGCAUCUGCUCAGCGAUCGAUAUGCUGCCACUCCCAUUUGACGAUUCCCCACCUGUAUCGACUGGGUUGUCAGUAUCGACUGGGCUGUCUCCGAGCCCGCAGAUCCAUAAUCCAUCGGAGCUGGAUUCUUCACUGCAAAUUGAAGAGGACUCACCAGGCAGCAGCAAUUCGGGCAGAGGCAAAAGGAGGAAGGCGGGCCAGACGGCAGGGUAUGGUAGAAGGGGUGCGGGCUGGGUGGUAUUGGUAUUGGCAUUACUAUUGAACGGCGGGGGAAUCCCUCAAAAGGGCAAAGAGCGCAUCUAG